AUGGGACAGCAGCAAUCGGCUUUCGUUGUUGAAAUUGCUUCAUCACGUUUUGGAAGUUUUCAGAGUUUACCACAAACAGAUCCGGAUGAUGAUGAGCAUAAUUCCCCACAGUGGCGUAUUACGGUUAAUCCAUCAGCAAAUUUCUUUUCAACAAGCAAUGAAUUAAAGUCAUUGAUUAACAAACUUUAUCGAACACAGAAAUUGAUCACACCAUCAGAAGCAAAAUAUCUAUGUACCGCAUUAAAAUGCAUUGAUAUUUCGUCGGAUAUCCUUUUACCACUGUUGACAGUCAUUUCAAAUGCUACUGCCUAUACUGCAAAUCAGUAUUUAUUUGCCCAAUUUGGUAUAACUGAAGAAAUAGCAGAAAUGAUGAAGAACUAUCAUGCAGCAUUACCAAAUUCCUCGAAGGUUAUGCUAUUACAAUGCAUUGCAAAUAUGGCUGCAUGCAGGGAAAAUAUCGAAAUACUACAACAAACGAUAUCGUUUGUUGUGAAACGUUUGAAUUCAUCAUUGGAUAUGGAACGAACAGUUGCAUUUCAAGCGCUCACUAAUUUAUCCUAUACAAUUACACGAUCACAAGUUAAAAUCAUUUUACCAGCUGUACCUGUUUGUCUCAAAAGGCUUUGGGAAAAAGGUGAAGCAAACAUUAAUUCACUUCGAUUACUGGUAAAUUUAUCAUGUUGUCCUGAUAUGGUUCCGCAUAUUUUAGCUGCUAAGACAGUGACAGGCUUAUUGUCAAUUCUGGAUACGGAUAAACCAGAAAUCUUAUUGCGUGCAAUUACUUGGUUAUUGUGUAUGUCAUCAGCAGUGCAUGCAUUAUCUUUAACUUAUGAAGUUAUCGCUCCAUUAAAUCAAGAUCCUUUUGCCAACCCAAAUUACACUAUUUAUUUCUCUAUUUACGCACCAAAGGGUAGACAUGAAUUGAUCAGACGUUUGAAUAACAUAACUGUGGGAAAUGAAGAAACAGCACUGAAAGCAAAAAGAUUACUUGAAACAUUGGAUAAAAUUCCGGAAGCACGAUCAUUACUAUCAAAUCUUAAUCGAUUGUAA